CAUAGCAGUUUUCUUUACAUUCCAGAUCAGUAGAACAGAAGUGGGACCAGACUCCAAAGAGACCAUGGAAAAAAGCAAUUCAGACUCCACUGCACAGUGUCUUAUUACAGACAUUGAAGCAUCAAAACGAAGACACAAGAAUUAUAGACAGUAUGCCAUUAUUGGGCUGGUAUUGACUUUUCUAGCUAUUUCUCUAACUUUCGGUAUCUUUGGUGUACUACACUUCUGGAAUGAAAAGCCUGGAAAGGUUUAUGACAUUGAAUACAAGAUGAUGAUCAAUGGAGAAGUAAAGAAGACCCUGAUGGAAAUUGAUUCUGCAAACAGGCUUGAGUCCUUCAGAACAGGAAAUGCCAGUGAUGAGGUCCUAGAAAUCCAUGACUUUAAGAAUGGAAUCACAGCCAUUACAUUUGCAGGACAGCACAAAUGCUACAUUAAAACACAGACAAAAGACAUUCCUCAGCUCACCCCUGCUAUGCUGGAAGCAACAACAGAAGUGGAUGAUGAAAUUACUACAACUCAUUUUGAGGAGUCUGUGAUUUGGGCAGCUGAACAGAAUCCUGUUAAGGACCGCUCUUUCCUAGAAAACUCACUUAUUUUCCAGCUGUGUCGAGAUGUUCCUAUCCACUGGGUUUAUCCUUCUUAUGUAACAGAAGCAGAAAGACUUGCCUUUGAACAGGAAGGGAAAGAUAACAGCAUGGUGAGUGAGGCUGAAUUGCCAAAAGAAAUCAAGGAAGUCCCAAAAACCAAACACAAAAGGCAAGCUGAAGAAGAGGAGGAGGAAUAUGAACGUUACCCACGUGUACAUGACUAUCAAGAGAAUGAAGCCUACUUUGACACAAUGCUCGACCAUUAUGGAUACUGCUGUACUUCCUGCCGCCAUGGUCAUCGACACUGCCGACGAGUCUGUGAACCCCUCUAUGGUUAUAUGCCUUGGCCCUACUGCUACCAGGGAGGCAGGGUCAUCUGUCGAAUUAUUAUGCCAUGCAACUGGUGGGUGGCACGAAUGCUUGGCAGAAUAUAAAUGUAAAUAAAACAGUGUGAUUUGGUCUAUUUACAAACAUUUGAAAGCCUUUUUCCAAGUUUCAACAAAACACUGACAGUUUGGUACCUGCUUGAUUCAAAGCACAUUGAAUUUUGUUUUAUAAAUAUUUUAGGCAUCCAUUGUUAUAUAGCAUUGAAGGUAUUACACACACGAUUUAUCAAAACCACGUCUCCUGUUUUAAAUGUAUACUCCUGUUAAUGUGGCUGCCAAGUUCAUAUUUAUAAUUUUGAUAGUACUACAUAAUAAAAGUAUACAAAUAUGGCAGAUGUUAUAGUGAAACAGAAAAAGAAGUUACCACAAUAACUCAAUAAAGUUAAUACAUAAAAAGAUUACCACAUAUACCUCUGGCAAUGAGCAGGAGGCUGUUCUAAAUUUUACAUUUGCCUGGAAUAUUAUGAACCUCAGUCUUUCUGUUAUUAAAACAGACCUAAAGGAAACUGAAAAAUUAUCUUAACGUUGCAUGGUAUUUCCAUGUAUCAUCUAAAACAUAAAACUUAACACAAGGCAAGUUUGUGUAAGCUACAUGCCUGCAUAAUAGGAACCACAGGACUUCCUUUGCCAGAGUGCCUUUUGUUGGACUUGACAAUAUGUGGCAUUUAGAGAAUCCAGUGCACUUUAGCAAGUUUUGUUUUAUUUUUACACGUCAGCUCUGCUCUCUUUAGAGCAUGUAAAUGGUGAACACAUCAGCAAACAUAAAGCUACAGAGGUAUUAUAUUACCACUCCAUUUUUAAAGAUCAUGAUGACCCCUUCACAAAUACAUGUCUAAGAGAAGUCCAUCUAUCUAUCCACAACCCUUUUUCCUAUUUUUGACAAUGGGGUUGGGGUAUCACUUCAACUGACAAUCAACUAGAGAAAGGUUUAGACCACUGGGUGGCUAGCACUGUCCUUCCACACCACACACUCACUCUUAACACCUGUGGUCUAUUUAGAGUAUCCAUUCCCCAUACUCCAUGUCUUUUGAAUGUGGGAGGAAACCGGAGUACCUGGAGGAAACCCACGCAAACACAGAGAGCACAUGCAGACUGCAUUGAAGGCACCCCAGCCAAGAAUCAAACUGAAGAACCUCUUGCAGUGAGGUGACAAUGCUAAGUUCUUGGUAAAAUUUAUAUUUUUUUGUCUGGAAAAGUAUAGCUGCAAACCCAGAUAAUUCUUUAUUCUACAUGUGUAGUAGAGAAGUAUAAGCAUAUUUUCAGGAAGCAAUGUACCCCCACUUGCAAUGUGGGGGGCUGUAGCCCAAAGCCCACUCUACUUGUAUACAUAAAACUGCAAGAUUACUGAACCUCAGAAAAGGAAGAAUUGUCCAGAAUACAAUACUUUCAGACUUACCAUGUGUUUCCACCAAUCUCACUUAAUUUUUGUCUAUUCCAGUACUUGCACAAAUAAGUCUUGUAUAUACGACAAGAACCUGAUUGUUUACCAGAAAUCAGUAAAUGCAUUUGUGAAAUACGGUGGUGGUGGUGCUGCGGUAGCGUUGUCGCCUCACAGUAAGAUGGUGUCCUGUUCGAUUCUCAGCUAAAGCGUCUUCUGUGUGGGAGACAUGCAUGAGUGGGCGUACCUUUGUUGAAG